CCAGGCAGGGCGGGGCUGAGGGAGAGAGUGCCACGUCUCUAGUGCGGCGCUUCGUGAGGAGCAGCGCCGCCUCCUCCGCCGGCCGGAGCCAUGGGCGCCUCGCAGAGCGUGGACAUCCCCGGCGGAGGCACCGAGGGCUACCACGUCCUGCGGCAAUUCAAAAAGCCAUCUGCGGUGACACGCAGCACCCAGUCUUUCAUUCUUUGAGAACUCAGCGUCCUUUCUAUUACUGCAAAAGAAAUGGAAGAAUAAAACGGUACAAGAAAAUUCACCGGGACAUAGGGCUGGACUGGAGCCAUUCUUUGAUUUUAUUGUUUCUAUUAAUGGUUCGAGAUUGAAUAAAGACAAUGAUACACUCAAGGAUCUGUUGAAAGCAAAUGUUGAAAAGCCUGUAAAAAUGCAAGUGUACAGUAGCAAAACACUGGAACUGAGAGAAACAUCAGUAACUCCCAGUAAUAUGUGGGGUGGACAGGGCCUGCUGGGAGUGAGUAUUCGUUUCUGCAGUUUCGAUGGAGCCAACGAAAAUGUAUGGCAUGUGUUGGAAGUUGAAUCAAAUUCUCCUGCUGCACUAGCAGGUCUUAGACCACAUAGUGACUAUGUCAUCGGAGCAGAUACUGUCAUGAAUGAGUCUGAAGAUCUGUUCUCUCUUAUUGAAACACAUGAAGGAAAACCAUUAAAACUUUAUGUGUACAACACAGACACGGAUAAUUGUCGAGAGGUGAUUAUUACCCCCAAUUCUGCAUGGGGUGGAGAAGGCAGCCUAGGAUGUGGCAUUGGCUAUGGGUAUUUACAUCGGAUACCUACACGUCCAUUUGAAGAGGGAAAGAAAAUUUCUCUCCCUGGACAAUUGCAUAGUGCACCCAUCAGUCCACUCAAAGAUGGAUUUACAGAGGUUCAACUGUCUUCAGUUAAUCCCCCAUCCACGUUACCGCCUGGAACAACAGGAAUUGAACAGAGUCUGUCAGGACUGUCCAUUAGUUCAACUCCUACUACAGUCAGUAGUGUUCUCAGUACAGGUGUCCCAACAGUACCAUUAUUGCCACCACAAAUGAAUCAGUCCCUCAGUUCAGUGCCACCAGUUAACCCAGCAACUACAUUACCAGGUCUGAUGUCAUUACCAACUGGACUUCCUACCCUGACCAGUUUAUCCAGUCUGAAUUUACCUGCCCCACCCAUCAUUCCUGGUGCUGGAUUGUCAGAUAUCAUACAUCCAGGUUUGCCACCGCUUCCUUCCUUGCCACCUCUAAAUCUGUCUGGAAUAACACCUCUCUCAAUGCCACCUGAGUUUCUUGCACAAUUUCCUUUGGUCACAGAGGUAUCUACUCCACCUGCAGAUCUGCUUUCCCAUAGCACUGCUGUAAGUGUAGAACAAACCUCUGCACUCACCUUGGAUACUGCUAUCCCCACUUCUAAGGCAACUCCUGUUGAUGACAGGUCAAAUGAAUCUACUACAGUAAAUGAAAAAACAUCCACAGUCUCAGCUGUACAUACUUCAGAAUCAUCAUAACUUCAAAUCAUUCUGUUGGAGUGUCUUGGUAAAUUUAGCCAUGGGAUGGAUAUUUGAAGAUGCAAACUACCAUUAAUUUCAUAUUAGUUUGUACUUUAUCCGUAGGAGUUCUGUAAAUAAUACUGAGGAUAAAUAAAAAAAAAAAAAAGGAAAUGGGAUUUAUACUGUGUGUUGAAUGGGAGGGGAAGAAAAAGGCUUGUAUUUAAAUAACCAAAAAGAAGCAUCAUGGUAGUAAAACAGACUUCCACUGCCAAACUUGCAGGUUUAGCAGGUUGACAGCCUCCACAACUUUUGCUUCUGUUAGAAAUGAAGCAGGUUUGUGAGACAAUUACAUACCAUAUUUCUUGUUCUUUACAAGUAUAGAAACCUUGUGGCUACAGUGGGGGGAGGGGGAGGAGUGUUUACUUUUGUUUUAGUUGUAAAUUUUAGCAUUACAAAACUUCCAACUAAAAAUGUUUUAUUAAAGUUACUGAAUGAUCUAUCAAUUGAGCAUCUUUUCAUUCAGCUUGUAUGCAGAUCUUUAUCUUAAACUUUUAAGAAAAAAUAGUCGGGCAACAUUUUGUAACUGCCGCUGGAUUCGCUUUACACCCCCACUGUAUAAUGGUCUUCGGAAGAAAAUGAAUGUUAAUGUUGCACAGUUUUAAACCAGAAGGUGGCACUUUGACUAUUGUAAGAUAAGUUACAUAGAGGAAAACAUACAUACAGCAAUAAAGUCCUGGAAUUUUAUUCUGA